AAGAAGUGACAAAUUGAGAGGUUUGCCGUAGUUUCCCGUUCACUAAUUUGCCAGCGGUGCUCACAGCGGGAUCAAUGCAGACCAAGUUAAUACGGACCGGAAGUGAUCUUAUCCCACAAACGUGCAUCUACGCAACAAAGCACCUUGAAAGAUUUUUAUAUCACGGGAAUUUGAAAUUUCGAUCGAUGCUCAGGAAAGCAGUUUAAACACAUGUUAUUAGGACAACUAGAGCAGAGAAGAAAAUACGAAAAUUGCACAACAUUAUUCUACACUUGGAUUGGAUCUGUUUGUGAUGUAUUCCGGGGAUGUCUUAUACCUGAGAUGAGGAUCGAAGUCAUGGCAGUCAACAACCAUGUGAAGGGCGAAAUCACUAAUAUUGACCCUAAUAGACUAUAACUGAAAGAAAGGAAAGAACUCUGUCAGAAUGCAGUUCAGUACUCACAGACCCCCUAUAUUCAAAGUAAUUCUCUUGGGGGAGUCGGGUGUCGGCAAGACUUCACUUUACCAACGGUUCAGAGCAAGGGAUAUACCUCUUACACAAAGAACAGCGCUUACACUGGACAGCUAUCAGUACAACCGACAGUUUCCAGUGGGACCACAGAGCAAACCUAUACAGAUUGAACUCUGGGACACAGCAAACAUGGAGAGGAUGCAUUCACUCACCGAUAAUUAUUUCCGAGAGACAACAGCAGCUAUCCUCGUCUACGACAUCGCAGAUAGUCAAUCCCUUCAAAGAUUGUCAGAUUGGAGGAAUGAUUUCAGAUACCAUUCAGAAAGAACUUUAAUGUUCCUUGUCGGAAACAAGGUAGAUUUACCGCCAGACAAAUACGACGAGGAUCAGACGACAAUCGAACACGCGCGAAAAGUAAUGGCGACAAAUUUUGAGGAUGUUCUCGGCGCGUACGAGGUAUCAGCAAAAGAGGAUUACAAAGUGGAAGAAAUGUUCCAUAAGAUCGGACAGAUUCUGUGGGAGAACUAUAAAGAUGAAAGGGAAAGUACAGGAACUAGAAGCUUGCCAGAGAUACCAGAAGGAAUGGGGACUAUCAAGUUGGGAAAACAUGAUAAAGGAACGAGAUUGAGGUUUUCAUUCAAGAAGGAAAAAUGUUGUUAUUGACGUUGACAUUUUCGUCACGAUUCUUUUUUAGAAAAACACACACACAGUAUUUGGAACGUUUUUUUUAAUAAUUUAUACCAAAAACACCUUCGCGUGUCAUGUGUAUGAUAUGUAUAAUAUUUCUAAUAAAAUGUGAAUGGGUCUAUCUUAAAAUAAAUUUGGCCACCAACUCAAAGAGGAAGAGAGAGUUACGUCACUCACAACAAAAAGGACAUAAUAAAUGAAGCAACUACGAGUAACUCAUGUUUGACUAUAACCAGUACUCAAGUUCAAGUUGUGCUGGUUCCUAUAAAGAAAUUGAGAAGAAUUCUAAUCUAAGAUGAAGUUUUCCUCAAAUCGGUGCAUACACAGCAAAAACUGUGGUGUUAACCGGUGUACAUAAAGGACCACACCAAUUUAUUUUACAUCGGUGUUACUUUGACAGUGUUCGUUUAACACCUAUAGUUAUUACAACGCAUUUGGUUGUUGCAUUUGGACUCUUUUGUGCUACAGUAUGUUCAAUCUAUAGGAUGCAAUUUUAACACCUCAGGACGUGGUCCUCUAUCAACACCAACUGAUGUCAGUUUAACACCAGUUUUCAGUGUACGAACCUCAUAGAGUCAAAUUUGACAUACAGGAAGUUCUCGCUUCCACGACAUAUUCGACGAAUUCAAGAACACAGUAUAUAUAUUGAAAUGCCGGUCAGUUGACAAUGAACAGCUGGGAGAUCUUUGUAGAAAAUUGGUAAACCAGAACAGCAGUUUCGUCCUGUCGUCCGACAUGUAUGUCGUUUGUCCAGAGUCCAGGGGACUGUUUCAUGAAA